ACCCUUGUGGAUAGGGGCACGUAAAUAUAGUUGCCCAGCCCAAUCAGUGAGUCGUAUGCUCUCUAACAAUAAUGAGACAUAUAACGCCUCGGUGGUUGUCCUAGAUGUACAAAUCACUGAGGUGUAUCCUCCCUAAUAAUAAUGAGAUGUAUAACACCUCGGUGGUUGUCCUAGGUGUAGAAAUCAAUGAAGUGUGUAAACCAUGUAAAUGGUGGAAAAAUUAGUUAAAUAUAUUCACUACUCCCCAUCUUGAAUUUUAUUAUUUACGUUUUUUACAAUUUUCUUAUAUUAUAAAUUAUAUAGAUCUGACGGCAAAGAAUCAUCGUGUUGUUUGGUCAGACACCCAGGAUGUUGCUGGGACAAGACUGGUGUAUGAUGGGUGCCCCUACAUGGUGUUAGGGAAAAGAAGACUUGAAUGCCAAAAUGGCCCCAACAGGCACAAAAAACGCAAAGAGAAACAAGAGGCAGAGAAGGUGUUAAAAACGUUUCCUCGUUCUCAGUAUAUAACUCACUUUGAGCUUCAUAGAAAUAUUCUCGGAAUUGUUGCAUUUAACAAUAUGUUUUACUUUGUUAGAACUAUAUAUACAGUCAAACAUCGUUAUCUCGAUGUUGAAGGGACUGGACCAACAUGCUCGAGAUAUCGGUAGCUUAAGAUAAACAACAGUUUCCUGAUAAAAAUUAUCACAAACACAAAUUUAUGUUUGCAAACUUAACAACACUAAACAGUAUAGUCCUUUUCGUAUUUUAAGAUAACCCUGUUUUAUGUGUUUGAAUUUCUUCAUGCUGACAUGGUUACUUAUUUUAUAGUCCAUUAAAAUUGUGGCUUAGGAAUGAGAAACAGUUUCUAUCAGUUUGUUACAAAAUUGUUUACAAAUUACUAAUUGAUCAAGACUUCUUUGUUCACAAAUUCGUCUGGUUUUUGUGUGUAGAAUAUUACUUGUUUUUCAGUUUUAUUAUUAUUAUUGAUUGUGAUAUAAAAAUAAUUAUAAAAAUGUAAUUAGUAAUUUCUAUUACUACAUGCAUGUAUAGCAACUGGUAAAUUUGUUUAAAUUGUUUUGGCUACAUGUUAUUAUUUAUAGUCAAAAGAAUCAGAAGAUCAUGCGUACUUGAAAAAAAGAAGGUUUCUUGUUCAGGACACCAAAAAGGUCAACUGCCCUGCCACAAUUCACCUGCGGGAAAUUGCUUGUUUCCCCAAAUAUCAGGUUUUCACACACCCUUAUUGAUCACCGGCAUUGUUUACGCUCGUGUACCACAUACAGGGGCGUUGUUUGCAAUGACAUAAUGAACUUUAUGAAGUAAAUCAUUUCCAAACGUCGUGACGUGUUGUUUUCGUCCUUUGAACCCUGUUACAAAUUGGAGCCGACGUAGGGACAUCAAUUCGUUUGGACCUGAACAUCGUUGGAAUGCCACAAGUGUUGUGAAAACUGUUGAUAGUGAUACAGACUGUGAUUGAAUGGUAUUUAACUAGCUAAAUGUGAUCUUUGUCAAUUCCAUCAUGUAUACUUUGGCGCCUUGAAUAUUUUUGUUGUGUGUGUGUAAAUUUAUAUUUUUGGGGGUUUAUUUUUUUUAUGUGAGCUCACAAUAAUUAUUGCCAUUGCAAUUGAUGUACAUGCAUUGUGUAUACAAAUUUUUUUACACUUUAAUAUUUUUUUUUACUGACAUUUAUUGAUUAGAUUUGGAUUGUGAUUUUUCAGAUACAAUUUUGUCAGUUUUGUUAGUCCAUCUUGUACUUAGCUGGUCUACACAUUCCCAUUUUUUGCUUUAAACAAAAAUAUUAUUCUGUAGUUUCCCAUUUUUUUGCUUUAAACUAAAAUAUUAUUCUGUAGUUUCCGGUCUUUGUACCCAUAUAUUCCAUUUAUUGUACUCGACUUGCCUGCUAUGUUUCCUAUUACCCAUUUACCUUUCAGUAGUAAACAACUUUGUUUUUGAGUUAAGUAUUCAGUGUGUUUAGAGAUUGUGUGUUUACCUUUCAGUAGUAAAUAACUUUGUUUUAGAGUUAUCUCCCCUUCAUCUUAUAUAUUUUUUAUUUUUUUAUUAUUUUUUUUACGCUGUUUAAGUAUUCAGUGUGUUUCCCCUCAGGUAUGUAUCGGUAAGGCUGAUAAUGCUUGAAAGUGUGAGUUGCCCUUAAAAAUUAAAGACACCACUUACUAAUUAUUAAAUUAUAAUAAUUAAUUAAUUAUAAAUUUCACUUAGGUAGAAUUAACUACUAGUUAUUAAAUAUUAGUAUAGUUACACAUUUUGAAAAAUAAUUAAUAAUUUACACAUGCAUUUAGGUAUAUUGACUGUUUGACCAUGGACUGAAGAUAACUACAGUACAUUUGCACAGCACUUAACAUUUUUUUUUUCCUGCACAUUUGUACUUUGUAGUAGUUUAUUCCUAUAAUUAUUAUUCGUACUGGUGUUGUUUGACACAAGUGCAUUUGUUCUUUUCCUGAGUAGUUUAUUCCUAUAAUCAUUAUUUGUACUUGUGUUUAACACAAUUGCAAUUGGAAAGACCAAUUGUAUGUGAAAGGAAAGUGUUCUGUAAGACUACUGCCCAACUGUGUUGAGUUUGACAGUUUACACUAACUUCAGUACUAGCUAUACUGAAGUUAUUUGAUAAAUACACAAUUGCUAUUUCGCCAUUUAACUGAUAACACUUUAACAGUUUGGUUUCAUUCUGUUUAUAAAUUUUUGAUUUGUUUUCCAGAUUUUGUCGGUGAUAACCAAAGUAUAGUUUUGCCUCAUCGAACCACACUUUAGAAUUGUUUAUCCAUUUGAGACAGGUUUUAUAUUUUGGACUUGUGGUUUGUCUUGGUUUGUGAUAUUUUCAAUAUCCAUUUAAGACAGAGGUUUUAUAUUUGAGUUGAAAUUCUAAGAAUUUCAGAACACUGAUGAAUGUUUUCAUAUUUAUGAAGACAUAUACUGUUUAUUCUCUUUAAAAUAAACUGGCUUUCUUGUAUAUUUGGUGAUCUUGGAUUGGAGUUGACUGUGUUCAUAGUACCAUCUAUUUGGGAAUUGUUUAUAUUCAGUUUAUUGUUUUAUCAAGUUGAUUUGAUCUUCAGCCAUGGAACUUGAUGAACAACAGAUUGGAGAACUGGUCAAUGUGUUUCAUAAGAUGGGGUUGGAACCCAAAUUGGAUACAUCUGACGAUUUAAAGACAUGGAUUCAUGGUAUGUCGCAACAGCAAGGACCGCUUUUAAAGACUGAGGAUCCUUUGCCACCACCACCACCACCCAAGGAAUCUGCUGUUUUCCCACGUUUUCCAAAAUUAUCCUUCUUUAGUGGUGAUAGGCAGGGAAAAGAUACUACUUUUGAUUUGUGGACAUACGAAGUUAAUUGUUUAAUUCAGGACAAGGCUUACGGUUCAGAGGUCAUCAGUCAGGCCAUCAGACAAUCACUUAGAGGGGAAGCUGCUCGGGUUGCCAUGAGAUUGGGUCCUAAAGCUUCAACCAAGGAUAUUUUGGCAAAACUUGGAAGUAUUUUUGGGACAGUACAACGCAGGGAAGCUUUAAUGGCACAGUUUUAUGGUGCGAGUCAGGGUGCUGAGGAAGAUAUAUCGGCAUGGGGAUGCCGUUUGGAACACCUUUUGUCAAAGGUUACAGAACAUCAUCCAGUUCCAUUGUCAGAGCAAGAUGAGAUGUUGAGAAACAUGAUCUGGAGUGGGUUGAUACCAGGCAUGAAGGCGGUUUCUGGUCAUAAAUUUGACAGCAUACAUUCCUUUGAUGCUCUUAGAAUUGCUUUGAGGGAAAUUGAGUAUGACAUGAAGAGUAACCUGGCGAGUGCUGCGACUGCACUAUUCAAGAAACCUGCUUCGGUGAAGAUGGCAUCAGUAUCAGAUACUGUAACACGAACAGAUUUGGAUAAACUCACUUCAGUUGUACAGGAUCUUUGUAGUCAGGUUUCAGAUUUGAAGCAUAGACAAGAUUCUACUUUUGUUAAUCAACAGCAGUUUCAGAAUCCAGCCAGUCAGCCGAGACUCGAUGCACCAUACAACCAGAGUAGAGGUGAUAGGAAGAUGUUUACUCGUGGAGUUACACCGUAUUAUAGCCAACAGUCUGGACCAAGACGUACAUCGCAAUAUGUGGAUGACACAAGGCCAAAGACGGGAAUGCCAACUCGGAAUUACAGUCAGCACACUUCAUCUUUUCCAGAUGGUAACAACUUUGAGGAUGCAGGUGUUACAGGUUAUGAAUAUCAGGAACCUGUGUGUUAUAGAUGUGGUUAUUCUGGACAUAUUGUAUUAGGUUGCAGAGUGCGAGUUGAUCACUUACGCCGACCUUUAAACUCCCGAGGGCUUAUGCGAAGGGGGCGACCAUAAGUCCUGAUGCUCGCCCUACAAUGAAUCAUAUACCGGAUGGGUUAGUUGGUCAUGCUAACGAAGUAGAUGUCUUUAUUGAAGGUGUACCAGUGUGUGCUCUCUUAGACACUGGUGCCACUGUUUCCAUCAUUUCAGAAUCAUUUUUUGUUUCGAAUUUGCAGCAUAUCCCUCUAGAACCGGUUGGAGAUCUUCUCAACAUUGAAUGCGCAGGAGGAGAAAAUCUUCCUUACAAGGGGUUUGUCGAGGUUCAACUCGCCACUACUGGUGGUGGAAUCGACACUGGUUGUGUACCUUGUCUGUUUUUGAUUGUCCCGGAUACACAAUAUAACGCCCG